AUGUCAAAGAAACAAGGAGGAUGUUGUGGAAACGAUGCCAAGCCAAGUGACCCAGAUCGUAGAUCUGUCAUUGUGGACUCGGCAGAUAGCAGAGGAAAGCUGGAGAAGGGUGUCAAGCUUGUACUGUUGGGUGAUAUGAAUACAGGCAAGACAUGCAUUGCUUCUCGUCUGGUCAGGAAUGAGUUUGGACCUACUGAUUCAACCAUCGGCGCUGCAUUUUUGGUCAAGAAUAUAACAUUGGACAAUGGUGUCAAUGUGAAGCUCGAGAUUUGGGAUACAGCUGGACAGGAGAGAUAUAGAAGUUUAACGCCAAUGUAUUACAGAGGAGCCUCAGCCGCAGUCAUCGUAUACGACAUCACAAAGAAGCACACAUUUGAGACACUGAAGAAAUGGGUGUCUGAGUUGCAGAAGCAGGCAUCACCAAACCUGAUUCUGGCACUCGCCGGCAACAAGGUGGACCUGCCCAACCGCGAGGUGCAGGUGGAUGAGGUCAGCAGGUACAUUUCAGAGUUGGGCGAUGUCAUCUUUUUCGAAACGUCCGCGCAGACUGGCUACAACGUCAAUGAGCUGUUUAACGAGAUAUGCAGAAAGAUCGUCGAGACUUAUAAAUAG